CCGUACCUUGCUCCACUAACCACAAGAUACCUUCCUGAUAAAGAACCGCCAAGAAGAAACCAACUAGGACGCUUAUCUAUCACGGACCAGUGAAGAUCUCCAAAGGCCUGCCAAACACUCCAUCUUUGUGAGCUCUUAUCAGGGUUUGAACGAAUAGCUAGCCUAUCGUUUCCCUGAUCAAUUGAUUUGUUCCCAAGGCAUGAAUAAAAUUAAUUUCUAGAAUGUCAAGCCUUAGCUUUCCAUUGCAUACAUAUGUAACAUGCUCGUGUGCCCCUCCAAUUGUCCCACUCGUCCAAGAAAGUUUUUCUCUCUUCAUUUUGCUUCUCCAAAUCGACAACACUGGAGCAAUGGCAGACUUUGUUCAUGGUGAUCAAGCUGAUCUAAAACAUGCUCAUGAUGCUAAACAUUCCCAUGAUCUGGAGAGCGGCCGUCUCGAAAAAGAUCUUGGUCCUGCCGUGAUUGCGGACGGAAGUCAUGAAUCCGAGGGCGAAUCCGACGAUGUAAUAGUGGCUAGGGAACUUGCACAACGGAAAGGCUUCUUGCGCACACUGCGACGUGGUGAAGAAUGGCUCGACGAGAAGAUGGGAAUAGAAACGCAAGGCAUUGACAGAAUACGUGAAGAAGACAAGCAACCGCCAUCGAUUCUCAAUGUGUUUUUCCUCUGGUGGUCUCUCACAUGUCAUGUCGGUACCCUACCGAUUGGCAUUCUUGGUACGGAUCCCGAAGUCUAUGGCCUCUCCUUGAGUCAGGCGAUCGGCGUAAUUAUCGUCGCAACCGUUUUGGGAGCCGCUUGCACUGCGUACUGUGGCACUCUAGGUCCAAGAGUAAGUGUCCUAGAAAUUUGUUUUUGGGAUCAUGGUUAAUGAGGCUUUAGCUCGGUCUCCGUGCAAUUACAUCUUCUCGAUACUCUUUUGGUUUCUACGGCGCAAAACUCUGCUCAAUUCUUAAUGUUGUUGUUGGUGGAGGAUUUGCCGUGGUCAACAUUGUGGUCGUGGGUCAGAUUUUGGCAGCCGUCUCCGAUUAUACAAUGACAAUUGUGGUUGGAAUUAUCAUUAUCGCAAUCAUCAGUUACGUCGUAUCGAUUUUCGGCUUCAAACUCAUUCAUACAUGGGAGAAAUACUCUUGGAUCAUGACAUUCAUUCUCAUGUGUAUCCUGAUUGGCCAAAUCGCUCCCAAGAUGGAGCCAAGUCUACCGUCUACUGUAUCUGGUCUCAAUUUCUCUGGCUCUUGGUUGAGUUUCUUCGCUGUAUGCUUUUCCUCCGCCUCGGCAUGGUGCUCAAUGGCUUCGGAUUACUACUGCAACUAUCCUGCGGACACUAAAGGCUGGAAGAUGUACGUCCUCACUAUAACGGGAAUUUGCCUUCCUACGAUCUUUGUGACAAUUAUAGGUGCAUGUCUUGGCAAUGCGGCACUGGCUUCACAAUCAAAUCCAGUUUUAACAACGGCAUAUGAUGACCAUGGACUUGGUGGUCUUCUUAUAGAGUCUUUCCAUCCUUUCCGUUUCGCCAAAUUUUGUCUCGUCCUCCUGGUUUUCUCCGUUAUCGGUAACAACGUAGCGGUAAACUACUCCAGUGGUCUAUCACUUCAACUACUUGGUCACUAUUUCCAUGCAAUUCCGAGAUUUGUUUGGUCAUUUGCCAAUGCCUUGGUCGUUGCCGUUCUCGCAAUUGCCGGUAGAGCGCACUUAUCCACUAUUGUCAGCAAUUUUGUCUCUCUUUUGGGAUACUGGACAGUCUCUUACACAUUUAUUCUCCUCAUAGAAGAUAAAUGGUUCCGUCGUACAGAAGGUUACGAAUUGAACUAUUGGGAUGUACCAGGCAAACUACCAUGGGGUUUAGCCGCCGUUUUGUCUCUUUUGAUUGGUUAUUUGGCUGGUGGUUUGCCGGGUAUGGCUCAGGUUUGGUAUGUCGGUAAGUGAACAGUCUAAUUUCCAAAACAUAUUCACACACUAACACAAUAACCAGGUCCGAUUGCAGCUAAAUUUGGACCGUUUGGAGGUGAUGUUGGAAUUUUCCUAAGCGCUGCCUUCACUGUCGUGACGUAUCCUCCCAUGCGAUGGUACGAGCGCAAGAUGACUGGCAGAUAAAAACCAAAAGUUGUCGAUACCUGUGACCUAUCUAAACAUACCUUUUUCCUGCUUGGACAGUCCGUUUAUAAUUUUACAUAGAUAUAUAUAUAUAUUCCUGCCAAGAAGGAGUAAUUAUCUACUUCACUUUUUCAGCAUCAAGCUCCAUCUUUGCCUACUCCGUAGAUCCCCUU